GCGCGUGUGGUUUGUUUGGAGAAGCUGGUUGGUUUGACUUUAACAAUGACGUUGCCGUGGGUAGCAUGUGUCUUUGUGGGUCGCAAGGGAAGGCUGUAGAAUGCGGGCUCAUUGGAAAUCCCAUGAGGUUGCCAUCUUCUAACAUUUCGGCUUACAGGGAAACCAAUCAAGCUGAACUUUUCAAAGUAUUCAGGCCCACGAAUUAGGCAAUGUUCUCGUGACGUAAUUCCAUGAAACUGGAACAUCCGCCCUCAGCCGAGACCGGCCCCUGCAUUGGUCCAGACCUUGUGACGUUUCAGAUACCAGAGUUGCUUAACGACGUUUCGGGAUUGUGUCCCGGGAACUGAAAAUUCCCUCUGAAUUGCGAGCUGAUUGGAUACAAGCUCCGGGAUCCUGUUGCGGAGAGAAAGAGAUGCAACUCGCUUCUGGAGACCGUAGACAACGCUAACAGAAUCCGGGCAGGGGGGUGACCAUAUGGCCAGGAUCAGUUUUUCCUGCCUGUGUCCAGCAUCUUGGCACUUCACUGUGCCUUCAGUGAGCCUUUGUCUCCGUCAGCGUUUGGCCCUGAUACUCCUGUUAUUUGCAGUCUCUCUUUUGCUACUUGUGGCAAUUACAAAUCUGUGGCAUUGGAAAACUGAUUCUCAGGAUAGGCAAUUUGAAAGGUAUUUAGCACGAUACCGAGCCUUGGAGGCAACAGACACAAAGAAUUCAGCUCUGAGUUAUGGAGUGGUUGUUGAUUGUGGGAGCAGUGGGUCCCGGGUCUUUGUGUAUUACUGGCCGCCACACAAUGGGAAUCCCCAUGACCUGCUGGACAUCCGACAAAUGCGAGAUCACAGCAGUGAACCUGUGGUCAAGAAGAUCAAACCAGGGAUCUCUACCCUGGCAAAAACUCCAGAGAAAGCUAACGAAUAUAUGAAGCCAUUGCUCGCUUUUGCUGCUGCCUAUGUGCCCAAGGUCAAGCACAAGGAGACGCCACUCUACAUUAUGUGUACUGCAGGCAUGAGGCUGUUGCCUGACAAGCAGCAAGAGGCCAUCCUGGAGGACUUGGUGAGGGACAUCCCCUUGGAAUUUGAUUUCCUCUUCUCGGAAUCUCAGGCAGAAGUGAUUUCAGGGAAACAAGAAGGUGUCUAUGCUUGGAUAGGCAUCAACUUUGUCCUAGGGAGAUUUGAUCACGAGGAAGAGGAAGAUGCGCUGAUUUCUGUGACCUUGUCAAGUCAGGAAGAGCCCCUGGUCCGAAAAAGGACAGUUGGGAUCCUCGACAUGGGAGGCGCUUCCCUGCAGAUAGCCUAUGAGGUGCCUAGCUCGACCUUCUUUUCUUCUCCACAGCAGGAGGAAACUGCCAAAAGUUUGCUUGCUGACUUCAACUUAGGAUGUGACGUGCAACACACAAAACAUGUGUAUCGGGUCUAUGUCAAUACUUUCUUGGGCUUUGGAGGGAACUUUGCCCGGCAACGCUAUGAAGAACUGGUGCUGAAUCAGACCAUCACUCACAACAGGUUGCGUAGUGUACAGAUGGGCAUGAAUCCUGAGGUGCCAGUCUUAGACCCGUGCUUGCCAAUGGGACUAGAGGAUGUUGUGGAUAAAGGUGGCCAGGCAAUGCAUGUCAGGGGCCAGGGAGACUGGCAGAGCUGUGCACAACAACUGCGCCCCCUGUUGGCUGGAGACAACAGUAGCAGAAACUCUUUGAGCAAUGCUUAUCAGGCACCUAUUGAUUUUACUAACAGUGAAUUCUACGGGUUCUCUGAAUUCUACUACAGCACUGAUGAUGUGCUGCGUCUAGGAGGACCAUAUCAAAGCAGUACAUUCACACGUGCUGCCCAGGAUUAUUGUAGCCUCAGCUGGUCAGUGUUGCUACAGAGAUUCCAAGACAAGCUUUACUCGCCACAUGCAGACCUGCACCGUGUCAAGUACCAAUGCUUCAAGUCAGCUUGGAUGCACCAGGUUCUGCAUGAAGGGUUCCAUUUCCCCAAGGAUUACUCUAGCCUACGUACAGUCCAGUUGGUAUAUGACCGAGAAGUGCAGUGGACAUUGGGAGCCAUGCUUUAUAAAACCCGUUUCUUACCUCUCAGGGAGAUCCGCCAGGAGAACUUCCGUCAGUCACACAGCUCUUGGUUCCAUCUCUCCUUUGUCUACAAUCACUAUCUGUUCUUUGGAUGUAUUCUUGUGGUGACGCUUGCAAUUGGGCUCUACCUCCUCCGUCUGCGCCGUAUCCACAAGCAGCCGUUGCAGUCCACGCCUCUUGAUCUGCUGUGGCUAACGGAAGUUGUACCACUGCCAGCCCAGGAACAAGGCUCCUGACAAAAGAAUGCUAUCAGGACUAUCUCACUGACUGUCCAGUUCUUCCCUAUCGGCACUGGUUUUUAAUGGGCCAAAAGGUGUGAUUCCCUUAUGUCUUUUUUCAGUCCAGAAUACUGUGGCACUCCUCAUUAGCCUCAGGGUGGCUGCUCAGUGUUACUCUGUCCCCAGGGCUAUGGCUGCGAGGGGGCUUCAGGAUGUCCUCUGUGUCGGAGGUUCCUAGCUAGGGGAGGGCAAUCAUGUUGCAGGUGUUACCAAAGGUGUUCACUUCCAUUCCUAUUGGAGAUGAAAACAGUAUCAGUACAAAUGACCAAAGAAAAUUAUUUGCUCAGGAAGGGGUGGGUGGGAGAACGGGAUAUUUUUAGGACCGAGCAGCUCUUCUGAGGCAUCUUCUGCAAAGGAAAGCGAAGAAUUCAUACUGGUGCUUCAACUCUGUUUGAAUAGAGGCUUCUCCUUGUACCAGUGGCUGUGAGAGGACAACACUUUAAAAUGUAGGAUCCAUUGGGUAAAGAAGCACUUUUUUAAAACAAGAAGAAAAAGAAGAUAUCAUUAGCUGCUAUUUUCUGCCUCCUUUUUCCACUUGUGGUUUUUGAGGAAUUGAAUUUUGCACAUACAGUAUGGGGAUUUCUGUCAGAUUCCCUAUUACAUACAUCAUGAAGGAUGGCUCUUUGGUGAUGCUCCUUCCUUGGGAGUUUCAUCUAUUUUUUGUAUUGCAGAAGACUAUCUUGAAAUACAAACCAUUCUGGACAAUUCAACUUGUUUUAACACUGAUUGUCUGAAUCAACUGUGGGCUACAUUUCAUAAUGUAUUUGUUUUAAUACUUGAAAUCCAGUAACUGUAGCAAUAAAUUACAUUGAGCUAUGUAACCAGAGUUUCUUAAAAUCAUCCUUGAUGCUUGUUUUCUAUAGGCCAAGGGGCUGCACAAGCCAUUAUUCCUCAUGUGCCUUCCUACUUGGUCAUAGUUCUAAAGGGAAAAAAAUGUUUUCUAAAGUUUGAAUGUUUGCACAGAAUAAACUUCAGCAUGGUUUGUA